CAGUUGGAUGUUAAAGGCCCUGCCCUCGAAGCUUUCUCCGACGUCUUUGCUCGCUUCCAGUUUUCUCUCGAAGACAGCACCCACGUCAAAUCCGAGGAGCCCUCCAAAGGAGAGGUGAUCUACUCGGACGACGACAUGGCCUCCGAGACCGACUCCGAGACCGAACAGACCAAGAAGCCGCUCUCGAAAAAGAAGCAGCGCAAGAUGAACAGGCUCACCGUCGCCGAGCUCAAGCAGCUCGUCAAGAAACCAGAGGUUGUCGAGUGGACCGACAUAUCCGCCGCCGACCCGCGCUUGCUCCUCCACCUCAAGAGCUACCGCAAUACCGUCCCCAUUCCCGUGCAUUGGAGCGCGAAGCGUGACUACCUCCAGGGCAAGCGCGGCAUCGAGAAGCCGCCUUUCCAACUGCCCUCGUACAUCGCGGACACAGGCAUUGCCACACAGCGCGACGCGGUCAAGGAGAAAGAAGCGAAUAUGAGCCUCAAGGCCAAGACGCGCGAGCGCGUGCAGCCCAAGAUGGGCAAGAUCGACAUUGACUAUCAGAAGCUCCACGACGCGUUCUUCAAGUUCCAGACGAAGCCCCCCGUUACAACCUACGGCGAAAUGUAUUAUGAAGGCAAGGAGUUCGAGACGUCGCUCAAGGAGAAGCGGCCUGGAGAUCUCUCGCCCGAGCUUGUCGAGGCGCUGUCGAUCCCGCCAUUGGCGCCCCCACCAUGGCUUAUCAGCAUGCAACGCUUUGGACCGCCACCAAGUUACCCUACGCUUCGUAUUCCUGGGUUGAAUGCCCCUAUUCCUGAGGGCGCUCAAUGGGGUUUCCAUCCCGGAGGUUGGGGAAAGCCACCACUGGACGAAUACAAUCGACCACUGUACGGCGAUGUCUUCGGUGUACUGCCAAAGACAAGUGACACCGAUGUCGGUGAACCUGUAGACAAGAAUCUAUGGGGCGAGCUUGAGCCAGAAGAAGGCAAGUAUUUUUCAUUCCUUGCGCAUUUUUUAGAAGAAGAGACUGAAUCAGAAGAGGAGGACGAAGAGGAAGAGGAAGAAGAGUCGGCAGAGCCCGCUCCAGGAGAUGGGCUUCAGACACCAUCAGGCUUGGAGACGCCAUCGGGCAUGACAUCGGUGGUCUCAACAGUGGCGGGCGGACUGGAAACACCAGAUUUCCUCGAACUGCGGAAAAAUGCACCGCGGCCGACGUCGGAUGCGCACGAUGCGUCGGGCCCGCGUUCGCUGUACCAGGUCGUACCGGAACGACAGACGAGCGUGCGGGGGCUUAUGGGCAGCGACCGUGGGUACGAUGUAAGUGGUGUCUCGGGGGCGCCGAUACCCGUGCUGGGCGACGAGCGGGGGACAAAGCGCAAAGCCAAUGGGGUGGAGGUGUCGAUCGAUGCGGCGGAGUUGGAGGGGAUGUCGGAGGACGAGCUGCGGCGGCGGUACGACGAGCAUGCGAGAGGCGCUGCGGGUGUGCCGGGGGCAAAUCGGGAAGACUUUUCGGACAUGGUGGCGAAGGAGAUGGCGAAGAAGCGGCAGAAGAUGGAGGCGGAGAAAGACAGAGGGAAGAAGGGCAAGGAGUUCAAGUUCUGAUGCGCGCCAUUUGGGCCAGGCUAGUCUGUCGUCUGCAUGUACUGCGUGUUUCGGUUUCAUAUAUUUUCUUCAUUUUCCU